AUGCAAAAUUUAAGUUACGCAGGAACUGCAAAUAGUAAAGGUUUUGAUGAUUUCGUUGAUUAUACGGAACGUAUGCGAAAAAAGUAUGGUGACAUGUUUGAAAUUUAUUUCGGACCGAAAAGGUUCAUCAUGUUGAGUAAAUUCGAAUACAUGCAAAACAUGUUUGAUUAUUCAUUGAAUUCAAAAUACCUGAGGCGAAUUCCAUACUUUUCCGGUUUGGAAGAAUUAGGCAUCGCGGGAAAAGGGAUUGCGUUGAACCAUAAUGUAAAUGUUUGGAAAUAUAAUCGACACUUCAUUUCGCGAGCGUUACUCACUCCAAGUUUCUCAAAAUCUUCCGUCAUAUGGACCCAAAAUCUAGUUGAGGAAAUGAUGGGCUUUUGGGAAGAUGGAUCUGAUAAUGAUGGUUGUUUUGAAACCGACGUCGUAGAAUGGUGUCAUAGAUUCACGACAGAUUCCAUAACUCAUUUCACAACCGGGAAGAGAAUUCAUGCGAUCGAAGCAUAUUACAAUGAAUUAAUGGCAGCACAAAACAGGAAACCUAAAAAACCUUCAGAGAAUGAUUUGCGUGACGCCUCGAAAUUCUUUAAGAGCAUAAAAACUUUAAUUGUUGGAAUCUAUUUCUUUAUUAUCGUCCCUCCAUGGGUUCGAAAAUAUUUACCAAUCUUGGGUAAUACAUCAAAAAAUCAUUUAAAGAAUCGUGAUUGGUUGUUUGGCUUCGUUGAUGAGAUUAUUAAACAGAGAAGGGAGGAGAUUGAAUGUACCCCUCGAAGUGAGCCACUUCGAUUUGACAUGUUGACCUCUAUGAUAACCGCUAAUACGGAUCGUGAUAUUUGCGAAAUUAAAAUGGUCGAUGAAGAACAUACACAACCCAUGAACGACGAACUAAUCCGUGGCAUUUUAUGGGAAACAUUUGUCGGUGGAAUUGAUACGACCGCCAACAUGUUUAGCUUUGUCAUUUAUUACUUGGCAUAUCAUCCCGAUGUAUUAAAGCGACUUCGAGUUGAGCUGGACGCAUUCUUUAAAAAAAUGGGCGAUCGACGUCUAGAUCUCGAAAGUUUAUCGGAUUUAGUUUACACCGAUGCCAUCAUCAAAGAAUCAUUUAGGAUGUUCACACCUGCACCAUACACGGCACGAAAUAGCACCGCCGAAGAUAUAGUGGCAGACCGUGUGUGGCCCGAGGGAACACAAUACAUCAUAAAUAUUCAUGGUGUAAAUCACAACGAAAUUUAUUGGGAUGAACCUGAAAAAUUUGAUCCCGACAGAUAUCUUAAUAUGAAAAAAUCACCCCCACAUAUAAUCUUUGGAGGAGGUCGCAGAGUUUGUCCCGGCAGGAAGCUGUCAUUUAUUGAACUCAAGGUCAUGAUUGCCUUAGUUUACCAUAAAUUGGACAUUGAAUUAUCGAACAUGAAGAAUCCUUGCAAAGCUAAAUUCAUACUGAUAAGAAGCUUUCACGAUUUAAAUGUCCGAAUUAAGCCUAGAAAAUUUUAA